CGACACUUUCGUUAUCGUUGCGCAGCUUUUGUGUACCGUAGAAAAGCUGCGCAACAAUAACGAAACUGUCGUUAACUCCAAUAACGAGUUACAGAAUCGCGGUAAGGCCGGUUGCAUACAGCACGCGGCAACGCUUAUCGCGUGGCGGAAAUUGUUGUGUUCGGAAAUUCGCUGUCGGUAGGCUUAUAGUGCGUGAGCGCCCAAAACGAACGCAGGCUUAGAAUGAGAAACAAAACCUAAAAAGGAAUAAAGAUUGUAGCUUGUAAAACAUUGCAAAAUGGCAGAAGGAUUCCUAGCAUGGGAUAUUUUAUAUUUGGAGCAUCGCAUGAGGCGUUUAGAACGUCGUAUGGAGAGAAAGAAUUGGAGAGAAUUGCAUGAUCCUUUUGAUCUCCACAAUGUCGAAUUUCUCAAGUUAUAUAGACUAAGUCGAGAGAUCGUAGAUUUAAUUGAUCGAGAUAAUAGAUUUAAUUGAAACAUUAAGACCAAGAUUGGAACAUGAGCGACCAGGUGGUCUUAGUCCUGAACGUCAGGUUUUAGCCACUUUAAGGUUUUAUGCUGUUGGAUGUUUUCAAAGUGCUGUAGGAGAACAAUAGGAUAUUGCAAUAAGCCAGCCUUCUGUUAGUCGCUGUAUACGAAAAAUAACUGACGCAAUAAAUGAUCUUCUUCUAUGACAAUGGGUACGAUUCCCCAUGACAGAUGGCGAACGUCUAGUCGCCCGGGAAAAGUUUAGGAUUGCUCCACAACCGUUUAUAGGUGCAAUUGGAGCCAUCGAUUGCACUUAUAUAAACAUUAAAGGGUCAAAAGAGCACGAAGAAGCAUACGUGAAUCACUGGGGUGACCAUACUCUCAACGUUCAAGUGAUCUGUGAUCCUGAUUUAAAAAUAUUGAAUGUAAAUGCGCGAUAUCCAGGUGCACGACACGAUGCUUAUAUUUGGUCAAAUUCUCCUAUACGACGUAUAAUGGAACGAAGAUAUAAUAAUGGAGAACGCAAUACUUGGUUAAUUGGUGAUGAUGGAUAUAGCUUAGAGCCAUGGUUAAUGAUACCUCUAAAACAUGAAAUACCAAAUACACCUAGGUUUCAAUAUAACGAGGAUCUGUGCAGCGCUAGAUCGUACGUGGAACGUCUAUUUGGCAUCUGGAAAUCCGUGUUCAGGUGUUUAUCUGCCCAGAGGCGCUUAAUGUAUGAGCCAGACCAAAUAGAGCUGUGGAGUAUGACGACAGAGGUUAUGCAUAUCAAGGGCGGGCACUUGCCAUACGUAUUCAGGAGAGUUUUAUUGCUCGGCAUUAUGGGAGAAUAUAAAAAAAAUUAUUUCUCUAAACACGUACAUAGUUAUUAUUUAAAUUCUUUUUAUUUUUUCCAUUAA